AUGCUACUGCUAAAAUGGCAAAGGCCCACUCAGCCUGGCGAGCUUGAUGCUCGAGCGAACGAGAAGGUCCCCUCAACCUGCCGAGCGUUAUACUCGAGCAAAUAUGAGAAAGGCCCACUCAGCCUGGCGAGCUACGUGCUCGAGCGAACGAGGAGGUCUCCUCAACCUGGCGAGCUUGAUGCUCGAGCAAACGAGAAGGUAUCCUCAACCUGCCGAGCGUUAUACUCGAGCGAAUGUGCGAAAGGCCCACUCAGCCUGGCGAGCUACAUGCUCGAGCGAACGAGAAGGUCCCCUCAACCUGGCGAGCGUUAUACUCGAGCAAAUAUGAGAAAGGCCCACUCAGCCUGGCGAGCUACGUGCUCGAGCGAACGAGGAGGUCUCCUCAACCUGGCGAGCUUGAUGCUCGAGCGAACGAGAAGCCUGGCGGGCUUACUGCUCGAGCGAACGAGGAGGUCUCCUCAACCUGGCGAGCUUGAUGCUCGAGCGAACGAGAAGCCUGGCGGGCUUACUGCUCGAGCGAACGAGAAGGUCCCCUCAACCUGGUGA